GACAAAUCAUUGUUGUAUUACUCUAAUGUUUGAGUUCAAUUUUCGUUUAGGUUUUAUCCUACAAAAACUGCAUCGAAGGCAAUCACAGCCACCAUCAAGCAACAGUUUGAUGAGCCAUGGCUAACAUGGGGCUCAAUCCCUAAGUCAACCAGAGAUGUCUUCUUCGAACGUUUUAAGAGAAAGGUUUCAUGGAAGCCUGAAGAUGAGGAAAAGGUAAAAGAGAAUUAUCACACCAAGGCAUCUCAUAGACUCUCAGAGAUGUAUAAAAAAGCUAGAACUAUUGGAAAAAAACCUGAUUGGCUGGGGGACAAUACUUGGAAUGGUCUUUUGGAAAAGUGGAACAUGCCACUUUAUAGACAAAAGUGUGAAACGGCAAAGAAGAAUCGGACAUCUGAAAAGGGUGGUUGUUUGCACACUGGAGGGUCUAUAAGCGUGCAUGAGCAUGCUAUUCGUUUGUCACAGGAGCUUGGUCGGUCUGUGCAUGUUGAUGAAAUAUUUCAGCAGACACAUAUUCGUCAAUCAACAGGGGAAUUUGUGGAUGACAAGUCUAGGUGGACCCAUGAACAAUUUGUUGCAAAAUUUUCUCAAAUAAGAUCUGAGACUGCAUCUGUUGGUGUCUCAGCAUCUUCUCCUCUAGACCCUGCGGAGGAGGAAAGAUUGAGAAACCGAUGUUGGUUAGAGGCUGCUGGUGGAAAAUACAAGGGAUGCGUAUAUGGCAUUGGAAAUGUCACUUCCCAAGAUGACUAUGUCGAUAGUUACAUCCAACAGACACAGACAUCUUCUUCUGCUCAACAACAAAAUUUAGAAGAAAUUGUUAAUCUGAAAUCGCAGUUACAACAAUAUGGUCAGCAGCUUCAAAAGUUUGAAGGCUUUAUUGGCGUCCUCCUGCCAUUCCUUCCGCCUUCAGCAGCCGCAGCUGCACAAGACUUUUUAAACCUUCAAAAUCCUCAAGUUCAAAAUGAAGUACCCAAUGAUGUCCAACCAGAACAGCAACCUCCAGAACAACAACCACCACACCAACAACCAACAGAUGAAGAACCAGAAGAUGGAAAUGAUUAUAUGCAUUAUUAGGCAUUUUAUAGAACUUAUUUCCAUUAUUGUUGAACUUAUUUAGAACCACAAUCACAAUCCGUUUAUGAACUUACCUGAUGUUUAUUCUUGCACUUAUAUUGAUGUCAACAAUAUUUAUGUAUUCAUAUACAAUGUUUCCUUUAUGGAUUAAGUGUAUUUGAAAAGCUUUAUGGAUUUA